GUGCGGAUCCCGGAGGAUCUCGGCUUGGCCCGCUGGGAUGGGUUCUGUCUCCUCCGCGCUGGCGCGGUCCCGCAACACCGUCGUGCAGCCGGGAUUGUCGCCACCGCAGCCCGAAGUGCCGCUGGCUACUCCUGCCUCUCGCAAAGACUCUAGAACCCAGAGGCGCCAAGGCUCCUCCAGACCUUCACCAGCCUGGGAACCGCCGCCGGCCGGGCACAGCCAGCAAGAGCUCCAGAAGUUGGAGAGCGCGGAGCUGUCUCCGGUGCUGAAGCGAUUGCCGACUAUGUCCCAAUCCUCCCCUAGCUAUGGUCCAGAUGUUGCAAAUGAAGCAGGAGAUAAGAAUGCGAGACCACUUGCCCGCUUCUCCCGGUCUAAGUCACAGAACUGUCUGUGGAACUCCUUCAUUGAUGGGCUCACUGGGAAUGUCAAGGAGAAGCCACGGCCAACGAUUGUCCAGGAUACCCGACCCCCAGAGGAAAUUUUGGCAGAUGAAUUGCCACAGCUGGAUAGCCCAGAAGCUUUGGUGAAGACAUCCUUCAGGUUACGGUCUUUGGUCAAGCAGUUAGAGCGAGGGGAGGCCUCUGUGGUAGAUCUCAAGAAGAAUCUGGAAUAUGCAGCCACAGUGCUUGAAUCUGUAUAUAUCGAUGAAACAAGGCGACUCCUGGACACAGAGGAUGAGCUUAGUGACAUUCAGUCAGAUGCUGUGCCUUCCGAGGUCCGAGACUGGCUGGCCUCUACCUUUACACGGCAGAUGGGGUUGAUGCUCAGGAGAAGCGAUGAGAAGCCCAGGUUCAAGAGCAUCGUCCAUGCUGUGCAAGCUGGAAUAUUUGUGGAGAGAAUGUACAGACGAACCUCAAACAUGGUUGGGUUGAGCUAUCCACCAGCUGUUAUUGAUGCAUUAAAGGAUGUGGACAACUGGUCCUUCGAUGUCUUUUCCCUGAAUGAAGCUAGUGGAGAUCAUGCAUUGAAAUUCAUUUUCUAUGAAUUACUCACGCGCUAUGACCUGAUCAGCCGUUUUAAGAUCCCCAUUUCUGCACUUGUCUCAUUUGUGGAGGCCCUAGAGGUGGGGUACAGCAAGCACAAAAAUCCUUACCAUAACCUGAUGCAUGCCGCUGACGUCACACAAACUGUGCAUUACCUCCUCUAUAAGACAGGAGUAGCGAACUGGCUGACGGAGCUGGAGAUCUUUGCAAUAAUCUUCUCGGCUGCCAUCCACGACUAUGAGCACACCGGAACCACCAACAACUUCCACAUUCAGACUCGGUCGGAUCCAGCUAUCCUGUACAAUGACAGAUCUGUAUUGGAGAAUCACCACUUGAGUGCAGCCUACCGCCUUCUGCAGGAAGACGAAGAGAUGAAUAUUCUCGUCAACCUCUCAAAGGAUGACUGGAGGGAGUUUCGAACCUUGGUAAUUGAGAUGGUAAUGGCCACAGAUAUGUCCUGUCAUUUCCAGCAAAUCAAAGCCAUGAAGACAGCCCUGCAGCAGCCAGAAGCAAUUGAAAAGCCGAAAGCCUUAUCCCUGAUGCUGCACACAGCAGACAUCAGCCAUCCUGCGAAAGCAUGGGAUCUGCACCACCGCUGGACCAUGUCCCUCCUGGAGGAGUUCUUCAGACAGGGUGACAGAGAAGCAGAGCUGGGGUUGCCAUUUUCUCCUCUGUGUGACAGAAAGUCAACCAUGGUUGCUCAGUCACAAGUGGGUUUCAUUGACUUUAUUGUGGAACCCACCUUCACUGUGCUCACCGAUAUGACCGAAAAGAUUGUGAGUCCAUUAAUCGAUGAAAGCUCCCAGACUGGUGGGACAGGCCAGAGGCGCUCAAGUUUGAACAGCAUCAACUCAUCAGAUGCAAAGCGAUCAGGUGUCAAGAGCUCUGGCUCAGAAGGAAGUGCUCCCAUCAACAACUCCGUCAUCCCUGUUGACUAUAAGAGUUUUAAAGCCACUUGGACUGAAGUGGUGCACAUCAAUCGGGAGCGGUGGCGGGCCAAGGUCCCCAAAGAGGAGAAAGCCAAGAAGGAAGCUGAAGAGAAGGCCCGCCUGGCUGCUGAGGAAAAGCAGAAGGAAUUGGAGGCCAAAGGCCAAGCUGAACAAGGCACAGCCAGCAAAGCUGAGAAAAAGACAUCAGGAGAAGCAAAGAGUCAAGUCAAUGGAACGCGUACAAACAAGGGUGACAACCCUCGUGGAAAGAACCCCAAAGGUGACAAGGCAGGAGAAAAGCAGCAGAAUGGUGACUUGAAAGAUGGUAAAAAUAAGGCAGACAAGAAGGAUCACUCCAACACCGGAAAUGAGUCAAAGAAAACAGAUGAUCCAGAAGAGUAGAAAAGACCCCACAUAGACUGAGGCUGCCAGUGUGUCUCCCGCCAUUUUAGCUGAGCUUCUCCAUGCUCCUUCUUCCACAAAGACUCAUAACUGGGGAAGGCGUACAGCUUUCAAAACCAAGUCCCACAUUUGGCCUUCUCUCAUACUGUCUCCUCCCAGGGACCUCUGGAGGUUGGCUUGUGGUCUUAGAAUUCUGAGGGAUUUUUUUUUCUACCAAACACACACACACACACACACACACACAAAAAAAAAAAACCAUUUGAGGUUUGCUUUGUUUUGCUUGUUUUUAUUUUGCUUUUGCCCCACCCUCACCUCAGCAGAAAUCAAACAUGAAUAGCCAUUUUACAAUCCAUUACUAAUUAUUUGGCUUUCUCCACAUAGUGAAAAACUGACAUCCUGGAUGUGCUGAACAAGGCCUGGAGAAGUCCUCCUCCCCCCAGUGACUGAUUCUCUGUUUUUGUUAGUGCUGUUAACUUAGAAUGUUGCCAUUCACACUGGCUUCUGGUGGUGAAUAUAGCCAGGCUGGCCUUCAUCACAACUAAAGUGAAAUCUCUGCACCUUUUUUUAUUUCUUCAGUUCAGAAUGUUCAUUGUCUCCAAUUUACUUUAAGACUUAAAAUCCGUUCAUGUGCUUUUUUUUCCAUUUGUAUAAUAUGAAAUUGUUUGUUUUUUAAGAGGAGAUUAUCCCAUAGGAAUCUGUAUUUGUUGCCUAAUUUAUUAUCUGUGAAGUCAUGAAUCUAAACCUGAAAGUGUUAGAUGUUGACCAUACUGCCAGGUAGGUUCCCCGGUGUUUCCACUGGGAAGCACCUAUCACUAAAAGGUCACUGAAAUGCUGACCAUUGCCGGGUCCUCUUCUUUUGGAUAUCUGUAAGUUAACUUCAUUAGUUCAGAAACCUUUACAAAAGGAAGCGAUAAGGGACCCAGAAUCAGAAAGGUGAGUUGGGUAAUACUUUUCAUUUUAGUGACAUUUUAACACUACAAAGGAGUUGAUGAAUAGCACAAAUUGAAAAUAAGGAUAAAAGGUAUGACAGGGAAGGAUGAAAAAUAGUUUAUCCUUAAGCCAAACAGAAAGUGGGACCCAGUGGAAUGCAAGGAAAAUGUGAUUAUUUUUCCGUAUAGUUUGAUCUGGAUAUGUCUUUAUUAUGUAGUUUAGGUUCCGUCUGAAAGUAAAGCAUGUCAUGUCAGGAAGAAAGUCAACCAGGUGACGGACUUAGAUGAAUUCCACAGAUUUCACUUCUACAUUAGAUAUUUUAUAGUAUCUAUAUUGCUAAAAUAAGUUACUGGUGUUUCUUCAGAGAUUAAAGAAGACUAUAUGUGGUCCUCAUGACAGAAACAGGCUUCAGCAGGAGAUGUGAGAAAGCUGUUGCCUAGAGCACACAGUACCUGAUCUUUACACACCUUUUCUCUGUUGGUUGUACUUUUGGCCUCAUCACAACACUGAUGCUUUUUAUGGCUCUGCCUGCUUUCCUAACUAAAACACGAGAUUUCAUAUUAAAAUGAUUUCAGAGAAAAGAGGGCCAAAUGUAUGAUUAAAAGAAGCCAUGUAAUUUCUAAUUAUUGUAACACAGGACAACCGGGGCUUGAAACCAGUGAGACAUUAAGAAAGUAUGAGAAUGCUUGUAUAUUGGGGAGGGUGGCUGUUAAGGAAGAGUGAGUCUGGGUGUUUGGGAAGCAGGGAAAUAGUCAGGUGUUGGUGAGGCUGGAUGUAAGGGAAGAGUGAGGAUGGUGAGGAACUGGUGAGGGAGAUGCUAUUCUCAGAAGGCAGCAGCCCACUAUCAUGGGAUAUCCUUUUGCUGUGUGCGAGCAGGGAUCCCAGGUACGCGGGAUUUUGUGUAAAUCUCCUCCAGAGUUUUGUACAUUGGCAUCUAACUCUGAUGCUUACCUUGCACUGGUCAAACAAAGCGUGCUCGUGAGCUGCAUGGCACCCAGGGGCCACUGGCUUUCAAACUGUGCUCUUAAAGGUAGAAUGGCUCUGUGUGUCAAUUAAAUGCAAUCACGUGUAUGCCAGCUUCUGUCCUUGAAAUGUGGGCCUUUUACCUCACAUCUAUUUUGUAUUUUUGUAUGUGAAACAUUUGGGCAGGUGGUACAGAAUGCCUACUGCUUCAUUUUAUAAGCUAGCAAAUAGCACUAAACAAUAUUUGAAAAAAAAAUAGGAAUAUAGCCAUUUUUUCUAAAAUCCACAAAAAAUGGAAAUGAUUUAAAUUUGUUGUUAGCCAUUAGUCGGUUGAAAAGGAAUGGGAGGAGAGCCUCACACAUCACACUUUUCUUCAAGCUCUCAGGAUGAACAAAAGCUCUGCUAAGUUAGUCUCAUCUUUCAAUUUCUCAAUUGUUAAGGCACACUGAAUAAAAACACAGAGACAUUUGUUUAAAAACAUAAAAAUCACAUCACUAUGUUCUGAACUGUUCCUAGACCUGAUAACACAUUAGAAUAAUUAUUCCAGGUCAGUAUUCACAGGAAAAAGCAUGUUUUCUCUGGGCUUUACUUUUCUUGAAACAGCUUCUUCUAAGUUUAGCAUCAACAGGCAAGCAGCAUUAUCCCACUGCCCCAAUCAAUCAUCUUGCUCAGGCUCAGGCUUAUGCACAUGGCACAGUGUUGAACACCAGAGUUACAGUGAGAAACUGGACACAGCAGUAGCCUCAUGCUCACUUAUAACACCUGGUGUUAUAAGUUACAGCUUUUCAAGUUCCUAGGUGUAACAUGAUAACUGGAGUCAACAUUUGAGUUGCAUCUUCACAUUACCAAGCAAGCCUAUAUCCAAGUUAUGUCACUGUAGUCUGAUCUUGGGCCAAAGGACUGAUCCCUACAGAGUUAUGUAUUUUAUUUCUUAUUUCUAUUUGCCUUUCCUAGUCUGUGAGUUAGCCUAUAGCUAAUGGCAGCAAUUAAGAGAUGCAUUUCUAAACCAUUAAUGGACAUUUUUCAACUGGCUGUUUGGUUCUUGGAGCUUUUAAAAACCAUUGAAGAAACCUGACAUGAUUCUAUAACAUUAACACCCUUAACUGUUAAAGUCAUCCUUAACACCAAAGCCUGAGGCAAUCUAGUAUUAUAGAUUCAUCUCAUUCAUCUGAGAUUCAGAAUCUCAGGCAUUGUAUUUCCCACCUCUAGCCAUGCCUUUAAAAAAGGCAAACAUGAGAAAGAAAAGGUACUGUUGUCAUAUAAUGUGAGAGAGGGCAGGGGGCACAAAUUUGUGGCCCACAUUCUGGCAUUUGGGUGUUUGAACCCCCUCUUCUCUUGUAGAUCACUUCGCCUUAGAUAGACAUAUAGAUGGUUGGGUAAAUGGAUGGAUGGAUAGAUAAUGUAUAUUUUCUUUUGGUUUUUGUUAAUUUCUAAGUACAUAUUUUGAUAAUGAGAAAUAUUUUGUAAUGUUCUCCCAAUUGAACAUGGGAAAAACAAAUAAUAAAAAACAGAAAAUCCUUUCUCAUAACAAGACAGAGAAGGUUCCAGAAUUGGAAGCCUGAGUGUAGCAUAAUAUUUCAAAUAAAGGAGACUGAGGGAGUAGCUUCAUUCCCUGAAGGACACUCCAUUCUAACUCUGAGAUGCCCGCAUACACUGCAAAAAUUACAGUUCUGGUCUGUCAUAGUGUCUGGCACCCAGCCAACAUUCAUGAAGCAUGGGCAGAAUUGUCAGGUAGAAUCACACUGACACUGUCCCCUUCAAAGCAAACAAGGUUCACAUUUUCUUUGCAACAUAUUCACCAUCUCUUCUCUCCACAUAGCUGCAUUCAUGAGAUUUGCAUUAUGGCAAAUGCAUAAGGCAGACAUACUUUAAUCACACCAAUAGUUUAUCACAAGAGAUGGAAAACAUCAGGCUAUAUUAGGGGAAAUUGUUAGAGCUAAAAAGCGCAUGAAAGUAGAUUAAGAUAUUUUCUAUGGCCUUUAAAUUUAAGAAAGAACAAAAAAAAUAUCAAACCAAUGAAAUGCAGUUUUUCAGAGAAUGAUGAACCAAGAGGGGUGAUGGCACAGUCCUGCAUAAAAUCCUCAUGACUCCACUUAGAAUCCAAGCUGAAACUUGUACUUUCUUGGAACAAAUAGGAAAUACUAUCCACGUAGCAAGAGAAACCCCUGCAUGGUCUGUUCUGCCAGUGUGGUGGGCACAGCGCCAAGCUGCAGUGAGGCUGAGUGUUACAGAACAUAAUGUUUCAAUAAUGAUGUUUUAUUGGUUCUUAUUCUUGAACAAAUGGGAAAUUAUACUUGUAAUCCAUCAACAGCGAUCCGUGAUUAAAGGCCUCAUUAUCACUGAGAAAGAGAGCAUAAUGAGAAACCAGUAAUGACAGCAACAAUGUUCCUGUCAAACCAGGAGACUCAUUACCCUAUGUCCAAGCAGAGACACUGGUGGGUACAGAGGUGGCACUGGAGUCAAGGUGGAACCAGGGCCAGCUACAGAUUUUAAUAGAUUGCUUAACAACUGUGAGUCUAGUGAGGUUAGAAGAGUGGGUUCUCAUUGGACAUUUGUAUGCAGAAGGUGCUCCCCAGGUCUCCUGGGAUGAGCAAGAACAGCUUCAUUUAAGAACUUGUUUUCUCAGGUAGCAAGGUUGAGGGGCAGCGAGAGACUUGGUCUGAGUGGUCAGCUCUAAAGAUUAAGUCCUGCUUAUCUUCUAAUAUUGCCCGUUUUCCAUAUUCACUUAAAACGUUGGCACACAUGUCAGCCAUGAGUUACCGUUAAGUCUGGCUUUUGUUCAAGCGGAAGCAGCUUCACACUGGCGGUGUCAGGCUUCCCUGGCACACACGCUCCCAAACUAAGUGUCUGUUGCAAUCAGACACCGUGAGAAUGGAGGGACCUCUCAGCUCACCUGGGGCACACUUGCCCAGUUUCUCCUGGGGAUCCCCCUCCCUUCUGGGUGAUUGUUGACUGUAACAGUCUGCAGUCAGUGUCACUCUGGGACAUCUUUUCAGGAGUACUCAGUGUGAGCCAUUGCCUCUGAGGCUCCCACGUGUGUUCACUCUUCACGGGAGUGGCCGUCUACACUCGGAGAAGCACUCACAGGUGAGCUCCCCAGAGCCCUGUGACUAGAGUAGCUGUUAAGUGCUCGGUGGGCCAUACCUCUGCUUAGAUUUGCUCCUCUUAGGGGCUCUACACUAGGGAGGGUGCUUUGUACACUGCUACCCUCGUCUUCAAACAGGAAUGUGUGUGAUGAUAUAAAAAAUAACCCACACAUUAAAGCGUAUAUAGCUUUACAGUAAAAAUCUACAGCCAUACAUAUCAUCCAGUGAUUGAGUCUAGCAACAGGCUGUAGAGAAUUUCCUUUCUUUUUUUUUUUUUUCUUCUUGCUCUGAUUCUAUUUUAUACAAUUUUAUAAGCUGUAAAAUUUUGAAAUAUUUUUGCUAUUUUCAUUUGUAGAUCUUGGCUAGGGUUUUGCCAGCUCUUGUGCCCCCUGUUCAGCGACACCCGCAGCUUCACUUUUGAAGUAUUUUAUCCCUGCUUCCAUGUCCUUUCCUUUGUGGUUCCUCUCUUGUCUCAAAUUUUCUGGCAUUUCCUAAGUCUCUUCACUUGUUUCUGCUCAGAUAAGCCAUUCUACUUGCACUGUCAUUUGAGCACACAGGAAACACAAAAUAACGAAACACAAAAUAAUGGGGGUGGGUGGGUGUGUCAUAUUUUCCAGUGUCAUCCAAAUAGCAAAGUGUUAAGUGUCUAAAGCUAGGUGGAAGUACGUGGGGAGGAAGGGAUAGAUUGGUAAAGAGGAGCAAAGGAAAAGGAAAUCUGAAUGGGAGAGCAAGCUGAAUCCUUCUAGGUUAAUAUAUACUGUUUUGUCUUCCUUGACUGUAGAACUUUUUUUUUUUUUCUAUCACAGGGUUUUCCUCCUCUGGAUGUUAUAUCCUCACCACGAGUCUGUAGACUCAUUCCUUGCAGGGGGCUGCCGUGGCCUUGGUAGUAAGGGAAUGGAAGGUGGAAACUCCUCCUAAGCUUUAGAAUUUGCUGGUGUUCAGAUCCAGGCAGCAAAAUCUAAAGAUCUAGGCUUGUAGCAAGUGUCUGAGACAGUGCCAGGAUCAUUUAGCAGAACUCUGAGGAAGGAAGGCAGCCAGUCUUCCACUUUUCCCCAGACUGCACCACAUAUCUAGCUAUUGGGGGAAACCAAGGAACUUAUGGUUGUGAACUGCAGACGCCUUUCUAAAAAGGAAGGUAGAGAAUAAAUGGCUUGUCUUUACUUCGUGGUGUAACAGCAUGUACUUUCCUGAUGUGAAUGAGUCUCAGGCAGCCAUAAUGCCGGCUUCAGCUUUCGUGUCUGAAUCACAGAGCAAGGCAACGGCCAUCCAUUCUAAGGAAGAGUGUUCUGUCCCCUAUGGUGCUGCUGCUGCGUGCUGAAAGUUGUUCGCACACUGUAACAUCACAUCUCCAAAUGCAAAAUUGAAGCACGGGAUUCAUGUAAAACAGAGUGCCAAACUUCUGUUAAAAAAAAAAAUCUGUUUAUUGCAAAUCUUUAUUGCACAAAAGAGCCUGAUAAUCCUUCCUGUAUAAUUCCCGCUAGCAUCUAGUAAUAAAUAAUUGUAUGUUCCUCUAAUUGUCAAAUAAAAUUAUUAGUUAACCUCUUAAUUGAAAUUUGAAAAAAAAAAGAUGAAAGGGCUGCUUCUUUUCUUGCAGUUGCUGGUUGUUGUGGUCCACAUUCUAUGCCAAAUUUGGGGCCGCCAGAGCCCACUCUGUGCUCCAUCACUUGUACUCUCUUGAAUCCUGAGUAAUUUAAUGCUCAAGGAGCAAUUACUCUUCCUACACAUUUAUAUAUUCACAAAGCAUGGCUGCUGUGACAGUGUAGUCCUUAUGGGGGUGGAAUUUCUGUUAAGUGGGUUACCAGAAGUUAAGAUUGCCAUACUUGAGUUGGGCUGGCUUCCAAGUUAUUUUCACUGAGUACAAUGAUAUUAUAUUCCUGACUGCUGACUUUUCAAAUUCUAAACUUUCUCUUUCUCUGUGCCCAGCUGCUAACUGCAAAGCAGCCACCAAGAGGCGCCCCUUCUGGUGACGGAGUGUACCGCACAAUUACUACUCCGUGUGGCUCUACUUGCCUUGUGAAUUAUAGCCUUUAACAAUGCACUUCUGCCCUGUGGGAUCGGUUUCUCUUAUAAUAAAAUUGCUGUUAUCAGAUCAUCGAUAAGAACUUAAAGCCACUUGUGCUAUCUCAUCCCACAGUUAAUUACUGUCAGUAUCUCACCAUGUUUCCCUAAGGUCUCCGGAAUGUGCAAGUUUACACAGUGAGGUGCAGAUUCAGUGCACUUAAAUUAUCUUUAUGACCCAUUCAUCUAAUACUGGAGUGUAAGCAUCUCCUGUUUUCUAAACCUCCUCAUUAAUAUAAUUUCUGUAUAAGCAUAAUACAACAUUUCAUCUUGUAGCUCUAGAACAGCUUACUUAACCACCACUGUUACUGAUCACUGUUACUGAUGCUUUUAUUUUAUCCUUUGUAUUUUAAAUAACAAGAAUGAAUCUGUUUGUAUAUUAAAGGUUGUUACAUUUUAGAACAUCAUCAUUGGACAAGUUGCUAGAUGUUCAGUUAUAGGGUCAAAAGUUGCAAAUAUUGUGGGGGUGUCCAAUUCCAGAGCACGGUCAAAUGUUAAAAAGCUGUAUUUCAGCUGCUGUCUGAAGAGCUCUUGUUUCUGGUUCUUAUUCAGAGAAGACAAGUCUUGUGAGAGCAAACAUAGAACUGAUAGCAUAGUGUGGAGAAAAUACACUGCAGGUUGAGCUCUGGGUAUAUAUUGUUGGAGAACAACCCUUUCAGAAGUUCACUUUGAGACCUUCCAAACUUUCAGUGACGCCCCAGUAGAAGAAGGACUUGCUGCCCUUUCUUUUAGGAUAUAAAAACAGCACAGGUGAUCAUUUUUUUCCGAGAUGUCAGCCUACUACCAUAGCCCAAAUGGAGAUGUUGGAGAUAUGCUUAGCAACAAUGACCAGAAAAUUAUGACUAUCAUAAGGAUAUAUAACACGGUAAAACAAAUUGAUUUAAAAUGUGCACUAUGGCAGCAUCCUUUCCCACCAUGGCUUUCUGUACCCAUGCUCCCCUGUAGGAUCUGGCUGUAUUUAUAACAAUACUGCUUUUGUCAGACUGUUCAUAAUGAUGCUAUUUGGACUCACAGGGCACUUAAAUCAUUCUUUUCUCAGCAGGCUUGUGCUACCCAGUUUUGUAGAAAGGAAAUGAGUUACUUGAGUUAAGUCACAAAUCACCGGGGUUUCUCACUAACCUCAGGCUUAGAUAUCUGUGUUCACCUUGUGGGUGGCAGGCCUUGGCUGUCACUUCCAUCUCUGUCCCAUUUUCAGUCUCCUGAAUAAUUGGAUUCAUUGCCUUUUAGCUGAACAAGCCAAGGACAUUAAUUUGAAAUAUCUGAAAGCUAUUCGUUUGUCACAUAAGCUACCCUGGUGACAUUUCUGCCCUGAGCUGACUGAUUAGGUUGUUUACUCUCUAAACAUUCCCUGUAGAUCAAGGACAGUUUCAUUCUUAGCCUUAAAGUUCUCCAUUUCCAAAGAUGACAUAUUUCCAUCUCUGUAUGUGCAUUGCAUUAUUAGCAUUGACACACACACAUCCUUUUGAAUAGAUACCAAACAGUGACAAACACUAUUAUACCCUAUUGUUUACAAAACACUCUUACAUGAGUGCUCUUACUUGACCCUCAAAAUCAUGUCCAAAAAUUGAUAUUUGUUGAAGCUUAAUGCUUGAAGAAAAUGAAAUAAAGUUU